AUGCUUUCAAAAAUUCAGUUGAUCAUUAAAAUUAUUUCAGAAAAAUAAGAACACUUUAAGAAUCUUUUGUUCUAAAUUAUUCUAAUAUAAUUAUUCUCAAAAUAUUAAUCUUUAAUUCUUGUUUAUAAAGAUAAUAUGUAAAAAAUUUAAUUUAAUUGUACUAUUUGUUUGAAUCAUUUAAGCGAUCCAACCUGCUUAUCUUGUGGACAUACAUUUUGUGAAAAAUGUAUCAAUCAUCAUUUACAACUCAAUCAUUCUUGUCCAUUAUGUAGAAAACCCACAUUAUCAGAAUGGCCUGUCAAUGAAAUGUUAAAAGAAGUACUAUUGAUACUUUUUGAACAAGGAUCUGAAGGUAACUUUUUAUGUCUCUAUCUAAAAUUUAGUUCUUUAAACUGAAUUUCCACAAAUUGUAUUAUGUUUGGAUUGUGGCCUUACUCCUAUUAAUCCUGUAGUGUUACCUUGCUAACAUCUCUUCUGUCUUUAAUGUUAUCAAAACGACUUAAUAGAAUAAUACUGUCCUGUUUGUCUUUAACAAUGCAUGAUUACAGAGCCAAACAUAAAUCUUCUUUUCAAUUAAUUUUUGUAAUGGUAUUGUGAAACAGAUGAAAAGUUUAUUCUCUAAAAUUAGUAAAUAAGAUCCAUGCCCAUAUUUCUAUUUGAUAAGUAAAUAUGCUAUAAAAGGAAUUUCUCUUUAAGAAUUGUAGAAGAUAGAUAUAAAUAGUUAAUAAAAUUGGCCUCACAUGGAUCAGGUAAAUUUCCUGUUGUUCCUUUUACUGAUUAAUUACCUGUUUAUGCUGAUAUGGUAGAAUUAGUUAGCAUAACAGAUCAAAUCGAAAUUAUUGGUUGUGAUAGAUUAAUAAUAGAUGCAAUCUAUUGCUAUAUAAACAAUGAAAAAAUACCAUUCACUCCUAAUACAUUUAAAGCUUUACCAAAUCAAUUAUGGUUAUGCAAUUAUACUAUUAUCAAAGAUAAUUAAGAUAAAUCAACUUUAUGGAAUAAAAUUAAACAAUUUAUUCAAAUAACUUUUACAGAAUUAACAGAAGAAAUGAAAUCUUUAUUUGAAAAACCAUAUCAUUUAAUGAGUAUCUUUGGAAACAAAUUUCAUUAAGUAAAUUCAAGUCUUAUUAUGAUUUAAUUAUUGAAGAUUAAUAAUUAGCAAUUCUAAAAAUUAUAUUAUUCUAAUGAUGAAUAAGAAAUUAAUUCAUUUGGAAUUUUAUUAAUCAAAUUUAAUAAAAAAUCAUUUAAAUUAUUGGUAAUUAAAAUUAAAGUGCUAAAUUGA